GAAGAUACGUGUAUGCUCGGGACAGGAACUUCGCAUAUGGCGCUAGCCGGAUUCGGGGAGCACUUCAAUCAUGCCAACGGCGACAUUGACAUUUUUGUUAUGCUGGUCAAUAAGGGACCACUGGAUAAUAAAUUGACGUGCAGCGUGCUAGAAUGGACAUCCGCGUGCAGGAUUACCUGGAUGAUAAGCUGCAGUCAUUGGCAGACCUUGAGACUGUGGACACGUUACUUGAAACGGUCAAGCACCAGCAAGAGCUUUUGAAACGACAGUUACUCGACGCAAGGCGGGAUCAAGAGAUUGCCGUGCAGGAGGCAGAUGAGCAUGUCCGUAAUGUUCGCCAAUUGGGAUCUCAGUUUCAGAAGGAGCAGGCUGGUGUCGACCACCGCUUGCUCAUGGUAACGCAAUCUGAGACCAGUGAUGAAGCGGUGCGGAAGUUCGAAGCUAGUUGGGAGAAGCUGCGCAAGCUAGACAUUGCAGCCGGAUAUGUUGAGCUGCUGAAGGAGGUUGAUGUGCUCGAGAAGGAAUCCACCGACCAACUUGGGAAAUCGGAUGAGGCUGCCCUGGCACCAUAUCGCCGGCUUCAGCACCUUGUCACAAGUCUGCAGCCUUUGCAUGAAGCGGCAGAGAAUGCGGCUCCGCAGCUUCUACACCACAUAGAGCAACGUGUAAGAGUCCUGCGCGGUACUAUCCGGCAGUCUUUCGCGCAGGAUCUCGAAAGGACGCUGAAGAAGAUGGGUUGGCCCAAGGCUACGGAGACCGUGCCCAUUGCACUUGAGAAUGAGUGGGCGAAGAACGUUGGUAGGUUGCUCGACCUGCAGAAACCUGAGCUGGAAGAUCUCGAACACGGUAUUAGUGAACGAACUUCUAGCUACGAGCCACCGAGUCUGCUGCCGUUGGGAGUGCUGGUACAACCGCUCGAACAGCGCUUCCAGUACCAUUUCUCCGGUAAUAAGCCUACCAAUCGCCUCGACAAACCCGAGUACUUUCUGCAGCACGCGCUUGACCUUCUAUCAACCUACUCGGACUUCUUGCAGAACGCACUGCAGCCCCUGCUUUUGCAGCACUUUCGCGGCUCAGGCCUCGCUUUCACCCCAGCCUACAUUGACGCUACCUCCGCGUUCAUCACCGCACUCCUGCCUUUGCUCCGGCAGAAGAUCUUCUCUCGUGCCGAGCAAAUACCGGCUGACCAGCCGCAGUUACUAAGCCAUCUUGUGCAUGAGGUUAUUAACUUCGACACGACACUUCAAAACACCUACGCAUAUGCACCAGUGUCGCCUGCCACUCCGUGGCGUGGCUUGGCAUACUAUCUCCUUGACACUCGUCACUACUUCGAGAAAUGGCUUGGCGCUGAGCGCGACUUUGCACUUUCGCGCUACCACUCUAUCAUUGAAGCUCCGGAAGCAGGUGAGCUGGACUACGACUCUGUUGCCUCGGACACAACCAAGCCCACCAAAAUGGCGAUUAACGUUAAUGACUUGCUUGAGACGAUCACGGACCGCUAUCGUCACUUGUCAAGCUUCAGCCAGAAGAUCCGCUUCCUCAUCGAGGUCCAGAUCGCCAUCUUUGAUAUGUUCCACGAUCUUCUAUAUUCCAGCCUCGAGGCGUAUCUGUCCAUGAACACUUUCGUUGGGCGCACAGCACACAGCAUGAGCCGGGACGAGCAGGCUGAGCUCCAAGGCGUUAAGGGACUAGACCGGCUGUGUCGCGUCUUCGGGUCGGCAGAAUAUUUAGAGCGUGCCAUGGGUGACUGGAGCGACGAUGUCUUCUUCCUGGAGCUAUGGGAUGAACUGCAGGAUCGUGCUAUAACCCGUGAUCGCAUCAGCAAUAAGCUAGGCGGUCUGCAAGAGAUCCAGCAGAAGACCAGUCGCGCUGUUGGUACCGAUGAAGACGACGGACCAGGCAGUGAAACGCAAGGGGCGCUUUUCGAUGAGACAGCAGCCUCGUACCAUAGCCUCCGCGUUCGAAGCGAGAAUAUAAUUGUCGACUGCUUGACGCACAACGUUCGCGAAGCACUCCGGCCCUACACACGUAUCACCACCUGGGCAUCGCUGUCUUCGAGCACGGCGGGAGGCUCCAUCUCCGCCGAACUCGACCCUGCUUUGCGCCUUCUGACAGACUAUCUCAGCUUCUUGAGCAAAGCGGUGGGCAAAGUGCCGUUACGCCGCAUCGUUCGGCAUCUCUGCCACAGCAUCCAGUCCCUUUUCUGGGACAACGUGCUCGUGGUCCGAAGCCAUUCCUUUUCCACUGCCGGCGCUGCACAACUUGCCACUGAUGUUCAUGCACUGUGUGCAUACAUCGAUCGCUACGUCGGUGCGGGACAAGCGCAGGCAGGUAUGCGGAAGUUGCUGGAAGGUGUCACGUUGCUCAGUCUGCCGGUGAAGGGCGAGAUUCAACGCGUGCAACCUGGCCGAGCCGGUGAGGAAGCAGAUGAUGGUGCGGCGUGGGACGAUGAUGCGCAGGAAGAGGUACAUGCUGAGGAGAAGAAGGCGAUGGGCUUAUUUGAGGUGGAGAGGCUAGUGUAUAUGGAUAAUACGAACGCGAGGUACGCGCUCGAGCAAUUGGCCUUGGAAGCGUUGAGUGAAAGCGAUGCGAGGGCUGUGUUAGAGAAGAGGGUCGAGCUGGGUAGCUGAGACGUGUACCGAAUGGUG